AGUUGCGUAUCUGAUACAAUAACAAAAAUUACAAAUAAUUUACGAACACCACAAAGAUUAGAAACGCAUCAUGAAACGCAACCAAAAGUUAUGAUUAAUCCUAUGCCACAAUGUAAUAUGUUUGCCUAUAAGCCAGAUUUGAAAAAGAAGCCUAAACCAGGCAUUUCAAGUGGUUCGAUAAUGAAAUCAAAUGUUCCACUGAAAGCAACUAUACCAGUGAAAAAAGUUGCACCAAUGCUAAAGCCUUCACCACCUGGUACCAUGACUAAUAGUAAACACAACUUAAACAGUUCCAUACAAUUUCUAAAUAAACCUGGUAAACCAUCACACACGAGUACGCCAAUGUCUACAACUACUACUGCUUUAAAUACUUCACCUCGGUAUUUAGAUAAACCGCGGUAUUCAUACCAACCAACUACACCAACAAGACUGUCAGCUGGUAUAAGACGACAAACACUCGCCGAACCGAAGACUAUAAAAUCACCACUCAAACAACGCUCACCUAUGAAAAGCAGAUUCAGUACUGCUUUAGGUGGUGUCGAACCAAAAAGAUCAACAGUUCGGUUAGGUGCCAGAGCUUCGGUUGGAGUUUCCGGUGUGCAUAAACAAAAAGAGAAUAAAAAACCAUAAAUGUUUUGGACUUUCUUAACAUAUAUCAUCUAUAUAUUUUAUCCUUAUCCUUAUCGUUUUUUGUGAUUCUGUAUUAUAUUUUUGUUGUAAGUUGUUGCAAACCAAUACUUGCCACGUUGUUAUAUCUAUAAAAAACUUUUUCAUCGAAUUUUUUAUGUUACGUGUUACGUACUAUAUAUUUUAAA